GCUUCCCUCCUUCAUCGUACGAAUGUUCCAGACAUAAAAGCAAAAGAAAAAGAAGCCACAUUUGGCAAAUCAAGUCCUCGCAAAUCCAUAGCCCCAAAGCUCAAAAGUGCAGUCCCUAUCCACACUCCAUCAGCAUAUUUAUUCUCCUCUUUCUCUCAUAACAUGCUCCCCUCAGUUCCACUCCCCUCCCUCGCCACCACCGCGUCGCGCGCCUGGUUGUGCUAAAGGGCGAGGAGUACACCAUGGAGAUCACGGAGGAGCCCGUGCACACCUUGGAAUCAGGAAGCACUCACAACAAGGAUGCUAAAGUGGUUGAGAAGGAGAAAGCUUACAACAUUCUACCCCUGAAAAUUAAUGCUCCACAUCCAGUAAUGCAAAUUCCAGAGAUUAAAGCAGCAGUAGAGCUUCUUCACCCAAUACCGGAUCCAUCUUCCGUGCCUGGAGAAAUACGAAUUCAAGAUUUGCUUGAUUGGCUCAGGCAAACAUUUGGAUUUCAGAAAGACAAUGUAGAGAAUCAAAAGGAGAAUUUGAUCUUGCUGCUUGCCAACAUUCAAAUGAGAGAAGGGCGUACUGCCCGUCACGGUGAAAGAUCCAAUCAUCUGAUACAAACUAGUACAGUGAUAUACUUGAUGAAGAAACUUUUCCAAAAUUACAUUUCCUGGUGCUGUUAUCUGGAUUUGGAGUCAAACAUCAAAAUUCCAAGCAGUGCCACCAAGCCCGCCACACAACAACCAGAACUUCUUUAUGUUGGGUUGUAUUUUCUCAUCUGGGGUGAAGCUUCAAAUGUUCGUUUUAUGCCUGAAUGCCUUUGUUAUAUAUUCCACCGUAUGGCAAGGGAUUUAUAUGGCAUAAUGUCUAGUUCUUUUGACCCACUCUUUCGGCCAGACGGGCGGGAUGAUGCAUUUCUAAAGCUAGUUAUUCAACCCAUCUAUAAUGUUAUCCAGAAGGAAGCUCUAGUCAAUAAACAUGGCAACGUGAGCUACUCAAAGUGGAGAAACUAUGAUGACCUGAAUGAAUUCUUUUGGUUGAAGAAAUGCUUUAAUCAGCUUGGAUGGCCAAUGGAUCUAGGAUCUGACUUUUUUGCGGCAGCUGAGAAAAUGAAAACUGAAACUGAGCCACAUGGUCAUGCGGUUAGCACACCGAGGAUGUCCAAAAUUAAUUUUGUGGAAGUUCGUACAUUUUUGCACCUCUUCAGAAGCUUUGAUCGACUGUGGGCUUUCUUUGUCUUAGCUUUCCAGGCCAUGGUAAUUGUUGCUUGGAGCCCUUCUGGAUCACUCCAUUCUAUUUUGGAACCAAAAGUUUUCCGGAAUGUUUUGACAAUAUUCAUAACAGCUGCAUUUCUAAACUUUCUUCAAGCCACACUUGAGUUAGUUAUUAAUCGGGAUGCAUGGAGAAGUCUGGUGUGCUCGCAGAUGAUACGAUUUAUUUUAAAAUUUGUUGUAGCUGUUGCCUGGUUGAUCAUUCUUCCAACAUCGUACUUAAGCUCUUUUCAAAAUCGUCCAAGAGGUCUUGUGAAGUUGUUUAACAUUUGGAUUGGGAAUAUCCAGAGUGAAUCUAUUUAUAGCUUCGCAGUUAUACUUUACAUGUUACCGAACAUAUUCAGUGCCUUGUUUUUCAUAUGUCCUCCAAUUCGAAGGACAUCCGAGCAUUCCAAUUCUCGUAUUGUUAGACUUCUUUUGUGGUGGACUCAGCCACGCUUAUAUGUAGCCCGAGGCAUGUAUGAGGACACAUGCUCAGUUCUUAAGUACACAUGUUUCUGGAUGCUAUUGAUUAUAUGCAAGUCUGUCUUCAGCUAUUAUGUCGAGAUUUCUCCUAUAGUUGGACUUACCAAGGCAAUUAUGUUUUUGGGGAAGGACUACUUGCGACACACUUCUGGUGCUAUUAUUUCUCUAUGGGCACCGAUUGUCAUGGUAUACAUUGUGGACACACAGAUCUGGUAUGCCAUUUUUUCCACAAUAUGUGGAGGAGUAAAUGGGUUCUUCAGUCGCUUGGGCGAGAUCCAAACCCUUAGGAUGUUAAAAUCAAGAUUUGAGGAAAUCCCAAGAGCCUUUUGCAAAAAUCUUGUGCCUUCACAUGGUAGUCAAUCAAAUAGUCGUGGGCACGAGGUGGAGACAAAUUUGCAUAUGGAUACGUUCUCUGACAUAUGGAAUUGUUUUAUUAACACCUUGCGAGAAGAAGACUUACUAAGCAAUAGGGAGAGAGAUUUAUUGUUUGUUCCAUCAUCUAUUGGUGACAAUGGUGUUUUUCAAUUGCCUAUUUUCCUUCUUGCAAAUAAGAUUCCGACUGCACUUGGCAUGGUAAAGGGUGUGAAGGAAAGGGAUGAAGAAUUGAGAAAGAGGAUAAACCAAGAUCCAUAUAUUUCUUAUGCCGUAAAGGAAUGCUAUGACACUUUGUUAAAUAUCAUGUACAGCCUUAUUGGAGACCUAAGUGAUAGGGAUGUUGUCGAUCAUAUACGUGAUAGCAUUGAAGAUAGCAUACGGUAUCAGUCCCUCGUGAAAGAAUUCCGAUUGGAUGAACUUCCUCAGCUAAGUGCUAAGUUUGAUAUGCUGCUAAGUCUGAUACUGAAACCAGUGCUUGAGGAAAAUCUACCAACAAAGCCACAAAAAACUAUGAGUGAGGUUGAGGACGCAAUAAAGCUUAUGAAGGUCAUUGAAUCAAUAAAGGAAAAAAUUGUCAACCUGUUACAAGAUAUAAUGAAAAUCAUUACUCAGGAUAUUAUGAAGAGAGGACAAGGUAUUUUGAAGGACGACGAGAGAGACAAUGAGUUGUUUGCGAAUCUAAAACUAGAUGUAUUACGUGAUGAAGCCUUUAGGGAGAAGUGUGUUAGACUUCAACUGUUGUUGACAACGAAAGAAUCUGCAACAUACAUACCGACAAACUUGGAAGCUCGGCGCAGGAUGGUUUUCUUUUCAAACUCACUAUUUAUGAAUAUGCCAAGGGCUCCACAGGUCCGCACCAUGAUGUCCUUCAGUGUCUUAACUCCAUAUUACGACGAGGAUGUAUUCUUUAUGCCAGAAGAUCUUAAUAGACAGGAUGACAAUCGUAUAUCCAUUAUAUUCUAUUUACGGAAAGUAUUCCCAGACGAAUGGACGAACUGUCUUGAGCGGAUAAAAUUUAGACCAAGGGACGAAGAGGCACUUAACAAAAGGAUUGAUGAAAUCAGUCCCUGGGCAUCAUACAGGGGACAUACACUUGCCAGGACUGUCAGAGGAACGAUGUACUAUAGGAGAGCACUUGAAAUUCAAUGCAUUCAAGAUAGAACUGAUAUUGCUAAAUUCAACCGUGUUAGUACAACAUCCUAUCAAGAGGGAGGAGCCCUUGUAGACAUGGCACUGGCCCUUGCAGAUAUUAAAUUCACCUAUGUUAUCUGUUGUCAAGUAUAUGGCAUGCAAAAAAUAUCCGGGAAUCCGAAAGAUAAUGCUUGUUACUUGAACAUCCUUCAUCUCCUGAAAAUGUACCCAUCGUUACGUGUUGCUUACAUUGAUGAGGUAGAAGCUCUGACUGGAGAUGGAGUGAUAGAGAAGACAUAUUAUUCCGUUCUUAUCAAAGGAGGUGACAAGUAUGCGGAGGAAAUUUACCGCAUCAAGCUUCCUGGAAAAAUCACAGAUAUUGGAGAAGGAAGACCAGAGAAUCAAAAUCAUGCCAUAAUUUUUACCAGGGGAGAAGCUCUCCAGACCAUUGAUAUAAACCAGGAUAAUUAUGUUGAAGAGGCUUUUAAAAUGAGAAAUGUGCUAGAGGAGUUUGGGAAAGAAAAGUAUGGACAGAACAAACCGACUAUAUUAGGUCUCCGUGAACAUAUUUUUACUGGAAGUGUUUCAUCACUUGCUACGUUUAUGUCCAAUCAAGAAACCACCUUUGCUACCAUUGGACAACGAGUUCUCGCCAACCCUCUUAAGGUUCGGUUCCAUUAUGGCCAUUCUGAUAUAUUUGAUAGGCUCUUCCAUAUUACUAUUGGUGGCAUAAGCAAAGCUUCAAAGACCAUAAAUCUAAGUGAUAUCUUUUCAGGAUUUAACUCUACAAUCAGAGGAGGAAAUGUCACACAUCACGAGUACAUGCAAAUUGGCAAGGGGCUUCAUAUGGGAAUGGAUGAUAUUACAGUCUUUGAAGCUAAGGUUGCCAUUGGCAAUGGUGAACAAACACUGAGUCGUGAAAACUAUCGGCUUGGAUCUCGAUUUGACUUCUGCAGGAUGUUGUCUUUCUACUUCACUACAGUGGGGGUUUAUUUCAGUAGCAUGGCUACUGUACUUAUGGUUUAUGUAUUCUUGUAUGGGAGGUUAUAUCUAGUUAUGUGUGGCCUGGAGAAGUCUAUUUUGCUGGAUCCACGUAUUCAGGACAACAUCAAGCCUCUUGAAAAUGACAUGGCUGCACAGGCUAUUUUCCAGCUCGGUUUGAUGCUUGUUCUCCCAAUGCUCAUGGAGACUUUCUUAGAGCAGGGAUUCUGCACAGCAUUACGAGAAUUAUUUACCUUUCAGCUUUCCUUGGCUUCUAUGUUCUUCGCAUUCCAGCUUGGCACCAAAACCUACUACUACAUGAGAACAAUACUCCAUGGUGGCACUAAAUGUAGACCGACAUGCCAUGGAUAUUUUAUGUACCAUGCAAAGUUUGGUGACAAUUAUCGCACGUACUCCCGUAGCCACUUUGUUAAAGGGAUUGAACUGUUGAUACUCCUGGUAGUGUAUCUUGCUUUCGGAAGUUCCUACCACUUCUCCAUCAUGCACCUAUUUGUCAGAUUGUCCAUAUGGUUCCUUGUCACAUCUUGGCUCUUUGUGCCUUUUAUCUUCAAUCCAUUGUGUUUUGAUUGGAAGAGAAUGGUUGAUGACUGGACCGAUUGGUGGCUAUGGAUUGGGAAUCAACGGGGUAUCGGCAUGUCUGCAGAUCAAAGCUGGGAGGCUUGGUGGAUAGGUGAGCAGGAGCACCUCAGGAAGACUUGUGUUCCUGCUCUUCUCUUGGAAAUCAUCAUUGCACUCCGAUUCUUGAUCUACCAGUACGCUAUUGUGUACCAUCUAAACACAGUGCGGCGCAGCAAAAGCAUUCUUCUGGUAUAUGCACUGUCAUGGCUGGUUGUGCUCACGGUUUUAGCAGUUCUAAAGAUGGUUUCAAUAGGAAGAAAGAAAUUUGGUAUCGUUGUAUUCCUUUGCUUUUCCUGUGUGAUGGCGAGCAUAAGUGUUGUAUGUAAGCUCACAAUUUCUGAUGUCCUUGCUGGUUUUCUUGGUUCGGUGCCUACUGGUUGGUUUAUUCUGCUGAUUGGGCAAGCAUGCUCUCCAAUUUUUAAGAAGACUAUGGUGUGGGACUCCAUCGUGGAGCUCGGGAGGGUAUAUGACAGCUUCAUCGGCUUAAUCAUCUUCCUACCAAUUGGAUUCUUGUCAUUGUUUCCCCGUGUCUCAGCAAUCCAUACACGAUUUCUCUUCAACAAAACUUGGUCACGGGGCAUCCAAAUCUCAAUGAUCCUUGCAGGUCAGAAGGACAUAUUGGAGUUUGAUUAACCACUUCCAUUAAUUUCCGCCUCCAAACUCUCAUAGACAGGACAUAGAUGAAUAAGUUUUCAUGAUCUAAAUUGGGUGUCUGUUUAUGCUAUAUGUGGGCACAUAUUUUGAAGGUGCGCGUGAAAAACCCUGGGGGAGUUUCCCCUUAUCCAUUCAUUAUUUUGAGUUUUACGGUGUAUACAAUUUCUGAUGAGUGAAAUGCACACACAGUUAUUGAACUA